AUGGUGCUGCUCGACAAGCUGUGGGACGACGUGCUGGCCGGUCCCCACCCCGACCGCGGGCUCGGCAAGCUGAGGAAGAUCUCCACCCAGAUUCCCCCCACCUCACCCAAAGGUUGGGCCUUUCUUCUUUUCAAGCGGGGACUGGUGAUCUGACUGUACUUUCUGCGUCUGAUGAUCUGUGUGUGAUGAUCUGCGUGUGAUGAUCGGUGUGUACUUCCUGUUGGUGAUGAUCUGUGUAUUGAGUUCUGUCGACAGAGGGUGGGGGUGGCGGGGAGAGCAGCGGUGGAAGCGCCGCCGCCUCCGUGAAGCUGCAGCGAUCCAUCUCGAUUCCGGGGACGCCCACGACGCCUGUGACGCCAAGCACGCCAUCGCCGCGCGCCAAGGAGAACGUUUGGCGGAGCGUCUUCCACCCGGGCAGCAACCUGGCUACAAAAGGCAUCGGCGCUGAGAUCUUCGACAAGCCCCAGCCUAACUCCCCCACCAUUUACGACUGGUUCGCCACCCCCCCCCCCCACCUCUCUCUCGCUGUGUCUCUCUUUUUCUAUCUUUCUUUGUCGCUCUUAUAACUCGAUGUCGUUUACGGGCAGGCUUUAUAGCGGAGAGACCAAGAGCUCGCAUCGUUGA